GCCGUCAUGUUCGGCUGUGCCAAUGCUCUUCGCUGCAUCGAGAAGGUGGGAGAAGAAAUACCGAAGGUGCGGACAAAACGAGUCUCGGCGACAGAGAUCAACAACGCAGACACUUGUCCCCGUUCGCGUACAUCAUUAGAUUACACACUCCGAGGAGGGUUGGCGCAGGAGCAGUGGCUUCCUUUCUCCCUCACCUUCUCGCUACUCGCACUGCCGCUGCCGGGUUGGCAAGAUGGCGGCGAUCACAGUGGCCCGGACGAAGAAAACAACAUCGAGAAACACCGGAACAGAUGAAAUCCCAUAUUAUGGAAAGUGUAUCAUGGAACUGUACUUAUCCAACUGGACGAGAAUGGCAGAAUUGGAUGACCAUGACAAAAAAUUGUUUGUCAAAGCUGGGGGCAAAGACUCUACAGUGAGCGGAUCGUGCGGCACGACAUGUGGGCUUCCUUGGUCCAUGUCGCCUUCCUUGGUCCAUGCAAGGCGCCACAGACUUCCGGACAAGCAUGCUUCGACGACGACCAUGUGCUGUGCUUCUUCGAGCAAUGUGGAAGGAAAUACAGCGAGAUAAAGGCGCUGGCCCGUCGUAAUUGGAACCUACCAGACAGCCAUUACGACGAAGAUGCUGCCUGUGCAAAAUAUCCUUGAGGUGGCGUUCAUCUGCUCAAGAUUGCCUGGUCGUGUCGUGCACGUUACUUCGAUUCGACUAAGUGACUGUUGCCGCCGUCUUGUGUUCAAUAUGCACUGCAUUCAGACACUUUUUCAGAACUGCUCAGAAUUGUGGACUAUGUGACUCUGUAACAUAUUGAUGCUCCUUUGCCACUUGUGUGUGUAAUUGUUGAAAGUGUGUUACAAGAGCUAUAACGUGAGGUUGCGUAAAGUAGGAUGCAACUCGAAACAAGGCUGAUCCGAGUGCCGUCAAACUACUUUGUAAGUGUAGGUUAUCCCGAAUGGUUUUAAAUUUGGUUUGCGGAUGUCAUCGCGAACGACGGCACAGAGAUAACCAUGACACAUUACUCAUUAUAAGUGCAGUAAUGGAAUGCCAGAUAGUUCCACGAUACCACCAUGCAAUAACACUUGUCACUUGUGCACCUGGUACGGUUGAGUUCGGUUAAAGGGAGACUCCGCAAGGUUUUGAAAAAAAAAAGUGAGCGAAGCACUUCCUCUAUGCCGAAUACAACAAACUCGUUCGUUUUGCGCUGGUAGUUGGUAAAUGAUGACACUAGCACACACAGACCGAAAUGGGAAGAGCAAAAGAAAAAAAUAAUAGUUCCAUACUGCGAUGGUUCGUCUGGAGCAGGAUACUAUAACGUCACCCACCAGCAUUGUCGUCCGCUUGCAAACCUUCGUUCUCCCCUGAUGACGUCUAUGCAAAGCAUUGCAGGCGUGUACCCCUGGAUUGAAGCCGGGCAUGUGAUCUUUGACAGGAACGCGAUUGCCGCACAUAAAUCGUUUUUUUUUAUGUGUGGUUAUUUCCGGUGUAGGAGUGUUUUUCAAAGCAGCUUGCUUGUACGGAUAGUGAGCUAUUUCAUUCACCAGCAAGUAUUUGUACUUAAGCCGGGUGACACACGGGGCUGUGACGCUACCUACUGCCUGUGCGCUGCCAAGGAAAGACACCGGAAAUUAACAGCACAUGUCAUCUCUCAGGCGCGGUGGCCGCUCAUUUUUAUCAGUGGGGCCAUUUACAGCAAUCCAGCAAACAUGCACACUAUAUACGUAGCAGGAGAAAGCGAAUAGGUGAUUUGCGUCAUGCACCUACUUCCAUCAAGGGACUGUGUCAGCAGACUCAAUACGCUAGAUCGCGGUUUUACUAGUGGAUUAGUUUUGCACCCUGAUAACAGGUACCCUUCACAAACUUAUUGAGUGGUUCAUUGCGCAUUUUUUUCUUGCCCGAGCUUUUUGCUUGGUCACGGAGGACAAAAAGUGUUCCACCUUCCUGCGUCCAUGCACAGAUUAUGAACCGUGCACUUGUUCAUUGGGACCCAAUCUAACCCUAACCCAAUCCGAAACGAACACUGUUACUAACCGUUACCUUUGGCCGAACCGGAAUUGACCCAAAAAUACCGGUAACUGGUUCAAAUUACGGUUCAUACGGAACCAAGGGCGGGGCUUUGCAUGUUGU